UUGCAGCUUUAAUAACUAAAAGCUUUCCCGUUCUUUGGGUCGUGUCAAUCGUUCGUCUGUUCGUUAGUCAUAUACGACCAACGUCCUACGGUAUCACUCGUUGAGUCGCGCAAGAUGGCGGCCGUAGAGAACCAUCUGGCCGCGCGCCACAUCCAGAACUUCAGCGAGGCGUCGUCUUUGGAAAAGCACUGGGGUUAUGUCGACAGAGCGGUUCCGUGUACGAACGAUGCAGGGUCGUGCGCCUACCUUGAUCAAGUCUACGAAUCCCACGAUCUGAGUAUGCUUUACUCCGGCAUAUUAUGGGCGAUAAUUGGUGGUAUUCUCCUGCUGUGGGCGAUCGGAAGACGGGUCUUCCCAUCUCCACGCGCAGACGAAGUGGUUGCGGGCGAUAGCGAAAGACUAGCGAAAAUAAUCGACCGACGCUCGCGAAUAAGGAGGACCGCCGCCUCAUUGAUUCGAAAAUAUUUAUUACCCGACUCAGUUCGAUUGAUCUUCGGCCGAACGACGCGACUCCAAAUUCUCAUCUUGACAAUUCUGGCUGCCUAUUUAUUCAUAUUUAGUUUCGCUGGUAUCACGUACCAGACAUGGAUCACGCCGAUAAAGAAUAAUCCUGGCCUUUACAAUACGAGAACGAGUCUGGGCCCAUUCGCAGAUCGAGUAGGUGUUUUGGCCUAUGCCUUGACACCAUUCUCUGUUCUUUUAUCAAGUAGAGAAUCGAUCUUAUCUCUGCUAACCGGUCUCCCGUACCAAAGCUUCAACUUUCUUCAUCGGUGGUUGGGCUACAUAAUCGUUAUCCAAGGAUCACUACAUACCAUUGGCUGGACGAUUGUCGAAGUCCGGCUCUACCAACCACAGCCCAAAGUCGCGAUAGAAUGGAUCGUGCAGUUAUACAUAAUCUGGGGAGUGGUAGCCCAGAUCUUGCUCUUAAUGCUCUUCGCUUUGAGCACCCCAUGGGGCAUUCGUCUUACCGGUUACGAAUUCUUCCGAAAGUCGCAUUACGUUUUAGCAAUGGUGUAUAUCGGGGCUUGCUAUGGCCACUGGGCGAACCUGCAGUGCUUUUUGAUUCCUGGCUUAGCAAUUUGGGGCUUGGACCGAGGCAUCAGAUAUUUGCGCUCAGCUCUGAUUCACUACCAAUAUUUACCUGAUGGGUCGAUGGGCUUUAAAGCGGCGCAUACAUCCCUCACGCAUUUCCCCGAUGCGGAACACGGAGAUGUUGUACGAAUGGAUUUCAACCAUCCCCAGGAUGCGUGGAAAAUUGGACAACAUUUCUACCUGUGCUUCACCGAAUGCAGCAUAUGGCAGUCGCAUCCGUUUACGCCGCUGAAUCUGCCGAAGGUUCGGGAUGGUCUUGUAUCACACUCGUACAUUAUACGAGCGAAGAAGGGCGAGACGAAGAAGGUUGCUGAAUUGGCCGCGAAGAAAUUAGCUGAAGCGCCCACUGCCACGACACCCCUCAUUUUGUCGGGGACCUACGGAGAGUCAAUAGUCGACGACUUAACGCCCGACGUUAACGUGUUGUGCGUAGCUGGUGGAACAGGAAUUACGUACGUGCUGCCAGUUCUGCUAGGUUUAAUCGAGCAACCCGAAGUAAAAGACCGAAAGGUUCAACUAGUCUGGGCGGUUCGAAAGAAGGACGACACGCGUUGGGUAGAGGAAGAGCUCAACGCUAUUCGUAAAGCCGCGAAGGCGCACAAAAUCGAAGUUCACAUAUACGUGACAAGAGAAGCGAGUAGCAAAAACCCGUCAAUCAGCGACGAUGCAUCAGAAAAGGACGAGGCGGUAAUUAAAGAAGCUGGUGUAUCCUCGUCCACUUCAUCGGUGAGAGAAGUUAGGACCAACACAUCCCUCAACGUCCAGAGAAUUGGAGGACAAGGAUUCGACAGGCAUCCCGACCUCGAAAAAUUAGUUAAAGAGUUCGUGGGGAGUACCGUCAGGGGAUCAACAACCGUAUAUGCAAGCGGACCGGGUAGCAUGAUUACUGAUUUAAGAAGUUUUGUAGCGUCUUCGAAUUCGGGCGCGAAGGUCUGGAAAGGGAACGAACGAUACGAUGUUAAGUUAGUAUGCGAUGACCGACUUGAGUGGUAGAAAUCCCCUCGAGUAAAGUAAUGAAAAAUAGUAUAAUGU